CAUAUUUAACGUCGUCAUAUUUGUAUUUUAUCCGUAUCGGCGGACAGCUGGUUAUUAUUUUAGGUGUUUUGGUGUCGAGUAAAACACCGGGACGCCCCUCUCUUUUCGUUUGUCGGUCGUAACGUCCGAACGUCCAGCUGAUUGCUUUGAGUGCCGUUCAAUUAUUCCAGUUCAAACUGAGCCGUUUUGUUUCACAUAACGGAAGGGUUUUGUGGCCCAAACGGAUCGAGUUCGCCGCCUUUUCGCCGACUUGUGGACUUUAAAAGAAAAGGGACAUUUAUCGUUUUGUCUAACUUGAGUGCUGGCUCGUUUUUUCUCAUUGAACGACCAGGCCCCGGACUCAUCCCCAGCCUCGCGUUUCCAUAUCGUUUUUUUUUUUUUUUUUUUUGUUGGAAGUCAUGGGAGACACUAGUGAACGAAGCAAACCUCCGAGUCUACCUCCCAGGUGUCCCUGUGGAUUUUGGGGGUCCAGUAAAACCAUGAAUCUAUGCUCCAAAUGUUUUGCUGACAUCCAGAAGAAGCAGCCAGUGGAGGACUGCACCUCCAAGCCCAUCCAAAGCACUGGGAGUAGCCAAUCACCCGUUUUCAGUAGCGAGACGAGCAGUAGCAGUAGCCAAUCCCUAUCGUUGUCGCCACCCUCUAGCUCAGAGCAGCCGUCAGCCGAAGAGCCCUCGCCCACGUUUUCCAGCACGAGGGAAGGUAAGAUCAAUCAAUCAACAUUUUCACACUCACAAUGCGUGUCGUCCACAGAAACAGCCCAAGGCACACUCUGCACACCCACAAAACGUCCACGAGAAUCAGCCUCGGGCUCAGAGAGCGAGGCGACGCCAGAGAAGCGACCACGGACAGAAGAGAAGGAAGGGAGCAGCGAAGAGACCCGCGGGACACCCAAGCAGAAGAACCGUCGGCGCUGCUAUCGCUGCCAAACCAAACUAGAGCUGGUGCAGCAGGAACUGGGCUCCUGUCGCUGUGGCUAUGUUUUCUGCAUGCUUCACCGUCUACCCGAACAGCACGACUGUCUGUUCGACCAUCUGGGCCGCGGGCGUGAAGAGGCAGUCCUCAAGAUGGUGAAGCUGGACCGCAAGGUGGGCCGCUCGUGCCAACGCAUCGGGGAGGAGUGCUCCUGAUUGGCCACAGCGUGACCAGCCAUCCAGUUAGAGAUUA